AUGGAACUCACCAAACUCCUCACUCUCCUCGCCACCGUCCUGCCCGCCGUCUACGGUGCCCCCCAGAAGAUGGCCAACGACAUGCACCCCGACAUCCUUGCCGCCAUGAAGCGUGAUCUUGGCCUCAGCAGCCACAAGGAGGCCGCUGACAUGGUUGCGCGCAACCUGCAGUCCACCGACGUCAUCGAGAACGUCCGCCGCUCAACCGGCGACGCCUUCGCCGGCGGCUGGAUCCACGGCGACGAGGUCCGCGUCGGCGUCACGGACGAGGCUGCCGCUGCGCACGUUACUGCUGCUGGCGCCACGCCCAUCAUGAUGCGCAACAGCCUGUCCAAGCUCGAGAAGAUCAAGGAUGGCAUGGACAAGAUGCUGAUCGGCGAGGGAAACGCAACCGCCCCUGCAGACCCCAACGAGAUCAAGGCCCGUCAGUCCGCAACCGAGGGCAAGGCCAAUAUUGCCUCGUACUUUGUGGACGUGGCCUCCAACAAGAUCGUCAUAGAGGUCAUCAAGGACGAUGAGGCGGCCGCCAAGAAGAUGGCCGAAGAAGCCGGCCUCGCCGAGGGCGAGUACGAGGUGCGCAAGGUCGAGUCGCUGGCCUCUCCCUUCUACCAGGGCGGUGACAAGUACGGCAUCGACGGCCGGUUCCAGUGCUCCGUUGGCUUCGCCGUCCAGGGCGGCUUCGUCUCCGCCGGUCACUGCGGCCAGACCGGCUCCGUCGCCACCACGGCCCAGGGCCAGCGCAUCGGCACCUUCGCGGCCUCGGUGUACCCCGGCCACGCGGAUAUGGCCUUCAUCCGCACCGACGGCCUCACCGUAGAGCCCACGGUCAGCGGCUACCAGUACGGCCAAAACUACCCCAUCACCGGCAGCCGUGAGCUGGAGGUCGGCGCCGCCGUCUGCCGCUCCGGCUUCCGAUCCUCCGUCACUUGCGGCACCAUCCGGCAAAAGGGCAUCUCCACCCAGUACUCGGACCCCAACGGAGGCCCCCCCUCUUUCAUCUCGGGCCUCACCGCGACCGAUGCCUGCUCCGACCACGGCGACUCCGGCGGCUCGGUCUGGAACGCCGGCCAGGCCCAGGGUGUCCUCUCCGGCGGUGGCGGCAACCCGUACCAGGGAUGCGUGACCUACUACUACCCGGUCAACCCGAUCCUGCAGACCUACGGCCUCACCCUGACCACCACUUCUGGGCGCUCCAACCAAUGGUGGUAG